AUGGUUGCGGGACAACAGAAAUUGGACUUAUCUCUGCUGAGACGGCGACAUGACCCUUCGGCAACAUCCUCCGCGAGCUUUUCACCAACAGUUCCCACCCUUGAAUCACCUGUGUCAUUCCAGGCGUUGGCAGUCAGAGCCAUCUCCGACACGACGAUGGCGCAGCGAAACAAGCUCGAUAGACCGCCAGCUAAGCCUUCCAUGUUCAUUGAGGAGACGGAUGACGACGAUUCGAUGGCUCCAAAAUCGAAUCAUGGCACACCUGCUGACCCGAAGUCUGUCGAUGCGAUACGUAAAAGCGUUGAGGAGGAACCAAUGCGUCGGGCAAAGAGCCAGUACUUCGACGACUUUUUUAGCACACGCGGGCGAGAGCUGUCACUUAGGGAUCGACUGAGCCAGAGAUCAGUUAUUGUGGCUGAGCUUAAGCUAAGCAAGACGAAAGACGAAUCGUCUAUGAUGGUCACCAUACAGCAGGAUGUAUGUAUUCGCUUUGGUAUCUCGAAGGACCCAGCGUAUUUGUUGAAGGUCUACGCACUCCCAUGCCUCAUAGCCUCUAUCACCAACCUUCGCUGCACCGGCAUGAUCCAGUCAGCUCUGAGGGGGCUUCUGCAGAUUGAACCCAAUCACGGCGUAGUCCUUUAUCUUCCAGUUCCUGAAGAGAACUUUGGGACAAAUGGUGUAACUUACAUGGGCGAGAUCGCACGCUAUGAACGCCGAACCGAUGAUGAUGACCCGGGUAUCCUUCGAAACAUCUCACGGGGCUUGAGUAGAAGGCUGAAAUCAAGUAGCACCCAGAGCGCGCCUCGUUCUGAGGCAACAACCUCUUCAUGGGGUCCUGAGACUGAUACUCAAAUGUCAAUAUCGGCGAGAGGAAAUGAUUCUCUGCACAGUGAGGGCUCUCGAGAAGUAGAAGCGUCAAGCCAAGGCAACAUUAGAGGAUCUAAGAGUCUGCGACACUUCCUUUCUCGUCGCAGAUACCUUACCAUGGCUUUCAAGGCAACCAACGGCAGCAUAAGUGAGAUGCAAGGCGAUCUCUUUGACGCUCCAGAUGGAGCAGCCUUGAUUCACGCAUGCAACUGUAUCGGGUCCUGGGGUGGCGGAAUUGCAAAAGCCUUCAAACAGAAGUAUCCGGCCGCAUACAACAUCUACCACUCACAUUGCCAAAAGUACAAAUUCAACCCAGAGUACCUAGUAACUUCAGAUUCACCAGACAAGCCAGACAAGCCAGACAAGCCAGACAAUAUUCAACCAUCUACCAGAAACAGAAAUAUCCGAUUACCAGAGGGCACAGCUCUCAUUAUCCCCCCUCAGGAAAAAGACUCCAAAGGCAAAGCCAAGAAACACUGGAUCAUCUGCUUGUUCACGUCACGCAAUUUCGGGAAGAGGGUCAGUUCUCCUGAUGUCAUUAUUCAGAAUACUGAGCUUGCUGUCGCGGAUAUGGUGAGGCAGAUUGAUGGGCUUCGAGCUGAAGAGUCGGGGAUUGGGGAGCUUUGGUCGUGUCGGUUUAAUUCGGGGCUAUUUGGUGUUAAGUGGGAGCUCUCGAGGAGGGUUUUGGAGGAUUCGGGGUUGGAUUUUACUGUCGUACGGCCUGAGGAUGAGGAUGAGUGA